AUGAGAAAGCAACCAAAAAAGAAACGUCAAUUUAAAGUGGAGCUUCAUUGGACCAAACAUCCUCAAUUCUUAGAGGUGGCGAAGAAAAGCUGGGAGGAGUCAACUGGUGAUACUAUACGUAAGCUCUCUGUUCUGCAGAAAAGCCUUAACAAAUGGAGUAGAGCAACAUUUGGGAACAUUGAAAAAGAGUUAGAGGUGGAAAAACAAAAGCUAGUUGACAUUAAAUCGAAAGCACACAUGUUCGAUGUUCGAGAAGAAGAAAGAAUCACUCAGGAAAAGAUAAAGAAUCUUAUGGAGAGGGAAAGAAUGUACUGGAAGCAUAGGAGCAAAUCAUAUUGGGUCCCCAACAAUGACAAGAACACCCGUGUGUUUCAUUUAUCGGUUCUUCAUAGAAGGAGCAAAAAUCUUAUCAUUGCUUUAAAAAAUGAAGAAGGAAAUUGGACCUCAGAACCAGAGGCAAUAAAAACAAUGUUAAUUUCUCACUUUCAAAAUGUUUUCUCUAAAGAUGUUUCUGUUAGUGCCAAUUCUUGCAGGUUACGCAAUGAGGCCUCUUUAAGCAGUGAAGAAGGAAGAUCAUUGUCGAGAAUUCCAACGGCUGAAGAGAUUUUUAAUGUUCUUAAGAAGAUGGGCUCGCUGCGCUCCUGGUUCAGAUGGGUAUCCCGCGUUGUUUUAUAA